CGCCGGCGGAAAAACGCGAGAGUUACCGGGAGCUCGGAGGCCGUGUCCGAUAACCCGAGAGUGCGACUCGGCCGCUUUGGUGACACAGGCAGCCAGGUUUCACAAGGACGACGAUGAGUUUAGAUAAAGCUGAGCUUUGCGACUCGUUGUUAAGCUGGCUGCAGACAUUUCAAGCCCCUUCCUGCGCCAGCAAGGCGGACCUGACCAAUGGAGUGGCUAUCGCUCAUGCCCUGCACAGCAUAGACUCAUCCUGGUUCAACGAGACAUGGGUCAGCAGGAUUAAGGACGAAAGGGGGACCAACUGGCGACUGAAGGUUAGCAAUCUAAAGAAGAUCCUUCAGAGCAUGUUGGAGUAUUACCACGAUGUGUUGGGUCAGCAAGUGUUAGAUGAGCACCUGCCUGAUGUCAGUCUCAUUGGAGAGAUGGGAGACGUGACAGAAUUGGCGAAGUUGGUGCAGCUUGUUCUGGGUUGUGCUGUCAGCUGUGAGAAGAAGCAAGAACACAUCCAACAGAUAGUGACCCUGGAGGAGUCGGUGCAGCACGUCCUCAUGGCCUCCAUUCAGGAGCUCUUGACAAAGGAGACUGUGGAAUCGGGGACCCCAGAGACCUAUGGAGACUUUGACUACCAGUCCCGGAAAUACUAUUUCCUCAGUGAGGAGAUGGAGGAGAAGGAGGACUUGAGCAAGCGUUGCCGGGACUUGGAGCAUCAGCUGUCGGUUGCCGCCGAAGAGAAGACCGUGCUGUCGGCAGAGAUUCGCUCCCUCAAGGAGCAGCUGAGUCACCGCGACACGCUGGAUGCCUCGUCCACCAUCACGGGCAAGAAGCUGUUGCUGCUGCAGAGCCAGAUGGAGCAGCUGCAGGAGGAGAACUUCAGGCUGGACAGCGCUAAGGAUGACCUGCGGACUCGCGCCGAGCUGCUAGAGCGCGAGGCUUCCGACCUGCAGCAGCGCAACGAGCAGCUCACCAGCCUGGCCCAGGAGGCCCAGGCUCUGAAGGAUGAGAUGGACAUCCUGAGACACACGUCGGAGCGCGUGAGCGGCCUAGAGGCACUGGUGGACACGUACAAGCGCAAACUGGAGGACCUGGGCGACCUACGGCGGCAGGUGCGUCUGCUGGAGGAGCGUAACACGGUGUACAUGCAGCGCACCUGCGAGCUGGAAGAAGAGCAGCGGCGCAGCUGUGCAGUGCGCAGCCAACUGGACGGCUACAAGAGCCAGGUUCACGAGCUGCACGCCAAGCACACGUCGGAGGCUGUGAAGGCGGAGAAGUGGCAGUUUGAGUACAAUAACCUCUACGACAAGUAUGAAGCCCUGCAGAAGGAGAAGGAGCGCCUCAUCUCGGAGCGGGACACCCUGCGGGAGACCAACGAGGAGCUCCGCUGCGCGCAGGUGCAGCAGACAUUUCUCAGCCAAUCGGGUGGCCUGUGUGAUGACUCGGCUUCCACUGUGGGAAACCUGGCUUCUGAGAUCAUGCCCACAGAGUUCAAGGAGACGGUGGUACGGCUGCAGAGCGAGAACAGGAUGCUGUGCGCGCAGGAGGAGAGCUACAGGCUGCAGCUGGCCGAGGUGCAGAGCCAGCUGGAGGAGUCACAGAGGAGACACAACACCCUGGAGACCCAGAACAGGCUGGACCGGCAGCAGAUCGCAGAGCUGCGCAGUCAGGUGGAGGAGCUGCAGAGGGCGCUGCAGGAGCAGGGCAGCAAGGCGGAGGAUUCAUCCUUGUUGAAGAAGAAACUGGAAGAGCACCUGGAGAAGCUUCAUGAAGCUCAUUCAGACCUGCAGAAGAAGAAGGAGGUCAUCGACGACCUGGAGCCCGGCAUGGAUAACAACAUGGCCAAGAAGAUCAGCGAGCUGCAGGAGAUCCUGAGGAAGAAGGAUGAGGACAUGAAGCAGAUGGAGCAGCACUACCAGCAGUAUGUGGAGAAGGCUCAGACGGUGAUAAAGACUGUGGACCCCAAGAAAAAGUCCAGCUCUCCAGAGGUGCAGAAUCUCAGGAACCAGUUAAAUGAGAAGGAGAAGAAGCUCCACUACCUCGAGCAAGACUUCGAGAAGUCAAAAUCCAGACACGAUCAGGAGGAGAAGCUCAUCAUCAGCGCCUGGUACAACAUGGGCAUGGCUCUCCAUCAGAAGGUCGUGGGUGAGCGCACGGGGUCCCCAGGCCAGGCGCAGUCCUUCCUAGCCCAGCAGAGACAGGCCACCUACGCCAGACGCAGCCUCUCUGCCAGGCUGCAGCACAGAUGAGCCCUUUGUUCCAGGGAGUGUAUUGGGGGAAAACGGAAAACGCUUCAUGGUUUGAGGAGGUGUAUAACGGCACAACACGGUGCAAAGCAUUUUAUCUUCCUCACUUGGCCCCUACUACCCUAACCCAAUAAGUAUUUGCUGUUUUUAUUUGGUUUUAUUCCACUACUUCCCUCCCUGCUGUACAUUUGUUUUUUUUAAUGGUGUGCUGCUUCCCCCUACUGGCCCAUGAAGGUAAAUGCAGACGCUGAGAGUCUGAGACUUGGUGGCGCCGGUUGGCCUCUUUGUAAAAGUACACGCCUUACAGUGAAGGAACGUGGCGCCUUAAUGAUUUCGGCUCGAGACACUACCAUUUAGAGGGGGGGGUUCCUUUAAAAAGGCUGCAGCUACAGAACCUUUGCCUUUAUGGGUUUUUUGGUGGGAAUUUUAAAGUAAUUACCAAGUAGCAAUUACUGUGUAGUUCGUUUUACUGGAGUGAUUUUGUUCUUACUCUUUAAAAAAAAAAAACUACUGAUGAUGAAAUCAUUUGGUGGCUUUUAAAUGUGCACUUUUGGUACAUGUCCUGUACAGAGAGACACUCAUCUCAUGACCUUGGCGUAAACAUUUUCUGAAGGUAUGGGGAAAAUUUAAAAAAUUUUCCAUGCAGUAUCUGUCACGAUCAUCAGGCACUUUUUAUAGCGGAUUUUGCUCUGAAUAUUACUAUGAAAACUGACUGUCUCCCAGUAUGCACCAAAUUAGUACACUGGCCUUCUAAUGUGACUCAUUUUAACUGGAAGACUGAAGGCUGCUCAUGUCACUGAUGUGCGGCAGCUGUAGAUGUUGGUACUGCGCUGUGGGUGUACGGGGAGCCUUUAGAAAUGUACUUCUUUAGUACAGGUACACUGGAUGCCUCCCCUUUGAGUGUCUGACGCUUCUCCAGUUUUCCUGUCCUGCUCCUUACUUUCUCUGAAUCACUGUCAUUGAUGUUUCACUGUUGAAACCAAAGUUUUAAAUGCUUGCAGUUUUUUUUGUUUGUCUUUGCUUGUUGUUUUUUCUUUUGCUCUGAUUCAGAAGCUGAAUCGUCCCCGAGUUCCUUUUUGUCUCGUUCUCCUGGUGUGACGCUGUAGCUGCUUCCAUGGGGUGGGGGGGGGGACCUUUGGGAGGACCUUUGGGAGGACCCCCUGCUUGCCAGCUGCUGCUCCGGCUUCAGACUGAGACUGACUCUGGGUGGGGGGGGGGGGGAGGUCUGGCUGUUGCCGUCCCGCAAACUUAUGGAAACUGUUUGUUGUGAAACGGCUUCAAAUUUUUGUUUUUAUCCUACCAAGGUGGUUUUACAAGUGGAGCUCGUCUGUUUUCUGUUAUCCACACUAGAAAUAAAACAGACAUUAAGUACCACAA